UUUUAAAACAGUGCGUUUCCAAGCCACGACGAGGAGGAAGACUCUUCUGCGACAAUGGAGAAUCUCGCCCUCUUCUUCUUCUUCAUCCUCCUCCUCCUCUCCGCCUUCCUCCUUCCUUCCUCGUCUCAUCAGUACAACGCCUUGUUCAACUUCGGAGACUCGAUGUCCGACACCGGCAACGUCCGCAUCGGCCGCCUCCCCUACGGAAUGACCUUCUUCGGCCGCGCCACCGGACGCUGCUCCGACGGACGCUUAGUCAUCGACUUCAUCGCCCAGGACCUGGGAUUUCCAUUGCUGCCGCCGUCGAACGAGAGGGAGUCGAAUUUCAGCAAGGGCGCGAACUUCGCCUGGGUGGCGGCCACCGUGCUCGGCUUCGACUUCUUCAACGAGCGAGGGCUGAGCAAGGGCCUGUGGGUCAACGCCUCCAUUUACAUCCAGGUCGACCGCUUCGAGAAGCUCCUCCCCUCCAUCUGCGGCUCCACACAAGACUGCAAGGAUUUCCUGGGCAAGUCUCUGUUCGUGGUGGGCGAGUUCGGGGGAAACGACUACAGCACUGCUCUCUUCUUCGGAAGGUCCGUUGACGAAGUCACCACCUUCGUGCCUCACGUCGUCCGCGCCAUUUCCGACGGCGUCGAGAGGUUGAUCGGGCUCGGGGCGGCGGACAUCAUCGUGCCGGGGCUGCUGCCGGUGGGGUGCUUCCCCUUGUACCUGUCCAACUACCACACGCCCGACCCGCAAGACUACGGCCCCAGGACCGGCUGCUCCCGCAGAUACAACGCCCUCUCCUGGCUGCACAACACACAGCUCCGGCGAACCCUCGACGACCUCCGGCGAAAGAAUCCGGCCAUAUCCAUCCGAUACGCCGACUACUACUCCCAAAUCUUCGAUUUCGCCAUCAACCCGCUCAAAUACGGGUUUACUGCGGGAGCGCUGAGAACUUGCUGCGGGAACGGCGGGGGGCUUUACAACUACGACCAAGGUCGCCGGUGCAACGACAAGGGUUUCACGGUGUGCGAGAACAUAUCGACCCAUGUGAACUGGGAUGGAAUCCACAUGACGGAGGCUGCCCACCGUGUGAUCGCUAAUGGAUGGCUCUACGGACCCUACGUCGACCCUCCCAUUUUGACCGCCUCCUUGAAGAGCUAGCUUACCCGUUGUAAUUAAGGAGGUGUUAGUCGCGUUAUUGGCUACAACACCUACUUAUCUAUUCUUAAUCAUUAUUGUUCUUGAUGAUUAUAAAUCAAUGUAACGUCGAUUAUUUUAAAAGUUAAUUUUUAUGGGGGAA